AUGUCGAAGCAACGACGCAUCGCAUUCGUAGCAAUAGAAAUUGCUUUUAUAGCAGCAUUUUUGAGUUACAGACAUGGCUUUGUAAACUUAGAGUCACUAAGUCGGCUUCGUAAUGAUGAUGGUUCAAGAGUAAAUGCAACCUUAGGAAAUUCCACUAACAACACCACCUUAGCCGAACGGUUAGCUAAUAAGGUACGCAUACUCUGUUGGGUUAUGACUACGCCAGCAAAUCAUAAAACUAAAGCGUUGCAUGUACGUCGCACCUGGGGUAGGCGCUGUAAUCGUCUUUUAUUCGUUACCUCGCAGCCAGAUGAAGAAUUGGGCGAAACGCUGGUUAUAACGGAAGUUGAGGAUACUUAUGGCAAAAUAUGGGGUAAAACAAGAUUGGCGUUUGAGCAAAUAUAUCACAAAUAUGGAGAUGACAUGGACUGGUUCUACAAGGCCGACGAUGAUACCUACGCUUUCAUCGAAAAUAUGCGUUACUUACUAUACCCUUAUAGUACGGAAAUGCCGAUCUACUUUGGAUACAACUUCAAAAUGAAUCAAGAUAACGAACAGGUAAUUGAAAACUAA